UCUUUCUAAAAACGUCGUCAAGCAUUGCGAGUCGGCGGCGCCAAUCAUGGCAUACCGCGACCUCACGACCAAGUUCCAAGCCAAGCGAAGCAUUGUCAAUCGGCGCCAGCAACAUCAGUUGAACUCAAAGAAGCCGCUCGAUGGCAUCAGCCCAUACCUGUCCAACCUAUUCAGCACAUCGUCAAAGAAUCAUCGGCGAGGACACGAAGCGCUGCUUCGAGAUGUUGAAGAGAAUACGCUACCUCCAGCUACCAGGCCAAUUUGGGCAGAUUCUGUGGACAAAGUGAACGAGUUGGCGAGGCAGUUGGAACUCAAAAAAGCCGCUCGAUGGCAUAUUAUGUUAGUUGAUUUCCUCCAAAAAAUACACACAAGGCGGCUCAUGGUUCGAUUCGACGAGUCUGAAGCCCAGCACGAUCUCGAAAUUGACUCGCUGACUCGGGAAGUGUCGGUCUUGUUUCGGCAUUCGGAGACGUCGCUGCAGCGGUUGUCGAGGGCAGUCACGUCCUCAUCCAGCGCUGCCGGAACCCAAGUGUGUGUGAACAUUCAACGCAGCCUCGCGUGUCGAUUGCAAGACCUGUCCCAUCGAUUCCGAACCAUUCAGAAGGAGUACAUGAACGCCCUGCAGACCCAGCGCCAAAAGUCGCAUCUGUUUGGACUUGACGACGGCGGAAACGCGUCUACACGUCACAGUUUGAGCGCGCGUCAAGCGUUGUUUGCGCAGGAUGACGACGACUGCGCCAUCGAAGCGCGAGAGCGGGAGAUUCAGCGGAUCGCCAAAUCGAUUGUGGAUUUGGCAGCAGUGUUCAAAGCCCUGGCCAACAUGGUCAUCGACCAAGGAACCAUGGUGGACUGCAUCGACUACAACAUGGACAUGGUACGAUCGAUUGACACGAAAUUGAAUGCAUCUUAGCGUGGGUAGGUCGUGGACAGAAUGGAAAUGGGUAUGAAGGAACUCCGCCGAGCUGAAAAAUACCAAGCCAACUCGAGGUCCACUCGCUGCAUCUACCUGCUGCUCACGUUGAUAUCCAUAUGCCUGUGCAUCCUCAUGCUAAAACAUGCAAACCCGUACUAUUAGAAAUUAAACUGCACUUUUGGAUUAUACGCUGUACAGUUAUUACUAUUAAUAGUAUCUAUAAUAUGGUGCACAUCA